AUGAAAGCAGAUUAUAUGCCUGUGCUCCGUGUGGUAAAAGCUUUAGCCAAAAGCAAGCUUUGCUUCACCAUCAGCAGGCUGGCUGCAGUAAAUCUGCCUCACGAACUUCGAAGGUUGUCAGCCCUCCCGCUGACUCUCCCUCGCCUGAAUCUGCCGUCUCAGACUCUCCCCCACCUGACUCUCCCCCACCUGACUCUCCCCCACCUGACUCUCCCCCACCUGACUCUCCCCCACCUGACUCUCCCCCACCUGACUCUCCCCCACCUGACUCUCCCCCACCUGACUCUCCCCGACCUGACUCUUCUCCACCUGACUCUCCCCCACCUGAUGCCACUAGUUCCCCAGAUCCUGACAGGCCAAGCCAAUGCCCACUUUGCGUCAAGAGCUUUCGCUCUGGGGCUGGCCUUGCCUGCCAUCAGCGAUCCACCCAUCAGAAGGAGUGGAGCAUCUCUAAGUAUCUCCCACCAAAAGGAGGAUGCACAAAUGGGGUCGAUAGAAUAUCCCAGCAGAAGUCUGGGCCAUCCCAACCCAAAGGAAGAGGGAGAAAGCAGGUAAAUGGAAAAUCCAAGCAGAAGAGCCAGCUUCUCUCCUGUCGUUCCUGUGAUAGGGUCUUCCUAAGCACUGCCAAGCUGUACUUGCACAGACAAGAGUCUCACAGCAGAGAGAAGGAUAUCCGAAGAGAUCCAAGGCCGCUGAUUAGCAAGCGGAGGAAAAGAGAGACUUACCCCUGUGAAGUUUGUGGCAAAGUGUUCUUGCACCACUUGUCACUUAAGGCACAUGUCAAGAACCAUAGUCAAGAACCACCAAGCCAAGUUCAGCAGGUUGGGAAAUCAGCCAAGGAGCCCAAGUUAGCUGAGAAGACGCCAAAAAAGUCUAAAAUCAAUCUAGCGCGGAAGGUGGGAAGAACACUGGUCAAGGCUGGCAGAGGGAGACCAAAGAAAAUUCCAGAGGAAGAGGGAGAGUUUCCUUGCCCGUCUUGUGCUGAGGUGUUUUCUUUGCAGUCUGCCCUGAAGGAGCACGAGGAGCUGCAUCAGCCUACAGGGAGUAUGAGACACUGCAGCGUGUGCAGUCAGGGCAUGGGCAUCUCUAAGAAGCCUGGGGCCAAGCUUCGGAGGGCCUACCAUUGUGUGCCCUGCCUGAAGGCUUUUGUUACACUGGACACUUUCUUACAACACUGCCAAGAUCACCUCGUUGUCAGUGGCGAUGAGGAGGGCAGCGAUUAUGACCCUGACAGCAAAAUCUGA